ACUCGGACCAGAACCGAACUUCGGGUUGGACCCCGCCCUUGGACCGCACACCGCACCUUAAGAGGCCAUUGGCUGGAUAAGCGUAGCUCUUGGAAGCACGACACUUGUUACAUCAAAAGCAAUCAUGGCAGUCUCUCAAGAGAAUCUACCGAGUCUCCUAGACGGCACUGUGCGAUCGGGAUCGCGACCAUACUGGUACCAAGAGGCCUAUCUGCGCCCAGCGACGGUGCAAUGCCAUGCAUCCAACCUGCUCCGCCUGCCAAAUGACGAUAUCCUCUGCGUCUGGUUUGGAGGUAACAUGGAAGGCAAGCCCGAUAUCAGCAUCUACUUUUCCCGCUUGGCAGCAGGGAACGAAACCUGGGAAGACGCGACCAAGGUCACGCACGACGACACCCGCAGCGAACAGAACCCCGUGCUAUUCCAUCACCCCUCUGGAGACUUAUGGCUGCUGUAUACAUCGCAGCACGGAGGCAACCAAGACUCUGCCAUUGUUAAGCGCGUCACCUCCUCGGACCAAGGCCGUACCUGGAGCAGUCCAACAGUGCUGUUCAAUGAGCCUGGUACUUUCAUCCGCCAACCGGUCAUCGUGCUAGAUAACGGAGCAUUCGUAAUCCCCGUCUUUAAAUGCCGCGUGGAAGCUGGCGCGAAAUGGAUCGGAAACGACGACAUCUCCGCCAUCCGGAUAUCGCAGGACCAGGGCCAAACCUGGUCAGAAGUCGCUGUCCCCGAUAGUACCGGAGCCGUGCACAUGGAAAUCCAGCGACUGAAGAGCGGGAGCUACCUCGCGCUCUAUCGGAGUCGAUGGGCGGACUUUAUCUAUUCGUCGACGUCUCCAGACGGAAUCCAAUGGAGUGCACCCAAGUCAACAUCGCUGCCGAAUCCCAACGCUGGUAUCUGCUUCGAUGUCCUGCCUUCCGGUCGGGUCGUGGUUGUCUACAACCAUUCGUCGCGAGAGAAGGCUCUUGGACGCAGGGAGGGCUUGUACGAUGAAAUCAGCGACGGGACAGACUCGCGCCCGAACCAGAAGGCUCGCACCGAUGGCAAGGAGGCGUUUUGGGGAGCCCCAAGGGCGCCGCUUUCUGUUGCGUGGAGCGACGAUGAGGGCAGGACGUGGCAGUCACGGACAUUGGAAGAGGGAGAUGGAUACUGUCUCACGAACAACAGCGAGCAGAAGCUGAAUCGGGAGCUCUCAUAUCCAAGUAUGCUUGUUGGUGAGGAUGGGACGAUCCAUAUCGCUUUUACCUUUUGGCGACAGACGAUCAAGUAUGUGCAGAUUCGAGACGAUUUCUUUAGUGCAUAGUCUAGACAUUCCAAUUGAGGGUAUUUAUCACUGUGAGAAUAGCAUUCCAGUCUUUCUCUAAGUAUAUUU